AUGUGGCGCCGGAGCUUUAGUACGAACGCCGGCCACACAUUAGGCGAAUUGAGGAAGAAGAAAUGGGACGCGGUGGUGAUUGGAGGCGGGCACAACGGUUUGACUGCGGCGGCUUACCUAGCUCGCGGUGGUCUCUCCGUCGCAGUUCUCGAGCGCCGCCAUAUCAUCGGUGGGGCGGCAGUGACGGAGGAGAUCGUACCUGGCUUCAAAUUUUCACGCUGCAGUUACCUCCAGAGCUUGCUUCGUCCUUCUAUUAUUAGAGAUUUAGAAUUAGGCAAGCAUGGCUUGAAGCUUCUGAAGAGAAACCCUUCGUCGUUUACGCCUUGUUUGGACGGACGUUAUCUUCUGCUGGGACCAAAUCAAGAGCUCAAUCAUUCUGAGAUUUCCAAAUUCUCGAAACACGACGCUGAGGCUUACCCAAGAUACGAGAAGCAGCUAGAGAGGUUCUGCGGAUUCAUGGAUCCUCUAUUGGAUGCAACUCCUCCAGAAUCUCUGCAAGGAGCCUCUUCUUUUAAUGAAAAGCUGAGCAACAAAAUGUAUAAAUCUGCUUUUUGGGCUCGUUGUCUCCGGCAAGCAGCUUCUUUGGGGCAAAAAGAUAUGGUGGACUUCAUGGAUCUUUUAUUGUCCCCAGCUUCAAAAGUUUUGAACAACUGGUUUGAGUCCGAUGUUCUGAAGGCGACUCUUGCAACAGAUGCUGUGAUUGGAUCUACGGCCAGUGUCCAUACUCCUGGAAGUGGAUAUGUUCUGCUACAUCAUGUGAUGGGAGAAACAGAUGGAGAGCGUGGCAUUUGGUCUUACGUUGAAGGUGGAAUGGGGUCUGUCUCCAUGGCUAUAGCCAAUGCUGCAAAGGAAGCCGGCGCUAAGAUCUUCACAAACGCAGAGGUUUCUGAAGUACUGACUGAGGAUUCUAGCAUCGUGAAAGGGGUUUUACUUGCUGAUGGUACACAAGUGGAGUCGUCUGUUAUAUUGUCCAAUGCAACUGCUUACAGAACUUUUGUGGAGCUAGUUCCGAACAAUAUCCUUCCUGAAAAAUUCGUCGAUUCUAUUAAGAACUUAGAUUACAGCUCGGCAACUACGAAAAUAAACUUGGCUGUGGACAAGUUACCGCAAUUCAAGUGCUGCAACAAAAACAAGUCUAGUCCAGGUCCAGAGCAUUUUGGCACUAUACACAUUGGUGCAGAGAGCAUGGAGGAGGUUCACUCAGCAUGUCAUGACUCUGAAAACGGCUUACCAUCGAGAAGACCAGUGAUCGAAAUGACUAUUCCAUCGGCACUGGACAACACCAUUUCUCCUCCAGGGAAGCAUGUAAUCAACCUGUUCAUCCAAUACACUCCUUACAAGCCAUCAGAUGGAAGCUGGGAAGAUCCUACUUACCGAGAAGCAUUUGCACAAAGAUGUUUCGGAUUGAUUGACGAAUACGCACCCGGGUUUAGCUCAUCCGUCAUUAGCUACGACAUGCUGACUCCUCCCGACCUUGAACGGGAGAUUGGUCUAACAGGAGGAAACAUCUUUCACGGAGCCAUGGGGUUAGACUCUCUCUUUUUGAUGCGACCGGUGAAAGGAUGGUCAAACUACAGAUGCCCUUUGAAAGGUCUCUACUUGUGCGGCAGCGGAGCUCAUCCCGGAGGCGGAGUUAUGGGCGCUCCGGGAAGAAACGCCGCGCAAGUUGUUCUUCACGACUUGAAACGCCGUUGA